AGAGGCCAGGCCAGUCUGCUCCGCUCUCCUUCCCUUCCUCACCAACAGGCUAUCUCCUAUCUCCACAGUAAAUGACAAAUCUAUUUUGGACAGGAGGCUGCGCCAAAAGAGGCACGUCAGCUAUUUGGCAUCAUGAGGUACCGGAGAAGAAAGAAAAAAUAAGUCUAGUCAACCGCCCACCGCAGGAGACUGGGGGGAUGUUCCACCAUCCUGGAUUUACAACCAUUUCAAGGAUAUUUGAGCACAAAAAAGUUUUUUUUCUGUCAUUAAUGUUGGUGGGAUUUCUACUGCGCUGAUACUGGAGUAGGCUUCAUCCGGAAAUCCUGACGGCCAAUUGAAGUUAAAGCCCACAUGAUUCAACGCCAUUUUUACCUGAGUGGCUGAAGACUCAAGGAAAAAACAAUGGAUCCAAACUUGUUUGGAGGAGCCCCCAGGUUUCUCACUCGCCCAAAGGCAUUCUCGGUGUGUGCGGGCAAAGACACCACACUCAGCUGCACCAUCGUAGGCAGCCCAACCCCACUGAUCACCUGGGAGAAGGACAAGCUGAAGCUGACAUCUGGGGGCCGCUUCAAGACCGUGGAGGAUGGAAAUGUGUACCGUUUGACCAUCUAUGACUUAACGCUGGAGGACAGUGGCCAGUACAUGUGCCGGGCCAAAAACAGUGUUGGGGAGGCCUAUGCUGCUGUAACUGUUAAAGUGGCCCUGCCGACGGAGAUGGCCCAGAGGGCCCCUGUUUUCAUUGUAAAGCCUACCUCUGCACGUGUAGGUUUGGGAGGUGAUGUUGUUUUCCACUGCCGGGUUGCAGCUCACCCUGAAGCCAACUUUGAUUGGGAAAAGGAUGGGCGCUACCUGGGGGAGACGAACCGCAUCAAGAUCGUCUCUGACAGCGACAGCAGCACCUUAAAAAUCCAAAGUGUACGUAACCUUGACAACGGCACCUACACCUGCAGGGCCCAGAACAGCGUUGGCCGUGCGCACACCGCAGCAGCUCUUGUUGUAGACGCUCAGGAUUCCCGCCACCUGUCUGCGGAUAAGAACACCUCCCUCCUCUCUCACCUCCAAAAGCGCAAAGAGGAAAUGAAGAAGGAUAUCUCCAUCUAUCGCACUGAAGAGGGCAGCUCCUUGGUUUCCUCUUCCUCCACAGCCACCAUCGCAGACGGUUUGAGUCUGGAACAUCAGCUGAGGGCAUCAGUGCUGGCAAAGCUACCCAAAGGUGUGUUCACCCGAACCUGCACAGUGACUGAGGGCAAACAUGCCAAGCUCAGCUGCUUUGUGACGGGUCACCCUAAACCCCACAUUAUCUGGAGGAAGGAUGGAACCAACAUCAGUGAGGGCCGCAGACAUGUAAUUUAUGAGGACCAAGCUGAAAACUUCAUCCUCAAGAUCCUGUACUGCAAGCAGAGCGAUAAUGGCCUCUACACCUGCAAUGCAACCAACAUGGCUGGGCAGACCUACAGUGCUGUGUUGGUAACAGUGAAAGAGCCUAAAGUGCCCUUCAGAAGGAAGCUGCAGGAUGUGGAAGUACAGGAGAAAGCGUCGGCCAUGCUGAUGUGUGAGGUGCCUCAGAUUGCCACCCAGACCAACUGGUUCAUGGAGGAAACCAGGCUGGAGCAAAGUAUUAAAUAUCGCAUGGAAGAGGAGGGCACCCUGCGUCGCCUCACCAUACACAACGUCACCACCAACGAUGAUGGUGUUUAUGUCUGUGAGAUGAAAGAGGGCAGUCGCACUGUGGCUGAGCUCACUGUCCUGGGCAACAUUACCAAGAAGCUUCCCCGGAGAACAGUUGUUCCCGUCAGUGACACUGUCAUCUUCAUUGUGGAGCUGGAGCAUCCCUGCCCAGACGCCUACUGGACCCGCAAUGGGGAAAGACUGAAGGAGGAUUCCCGUAUUUCCAUUGCGUGUGUGCUCAGACAGUACACACUCACCAUUAGAGAUUGCCAGCCGGAUGACUCAGGAGAAGUGGCCUUUGUCGCUGGAGACUGCAAGACUUCAACUCGAUUCUCUGUCACUGCUGCAAGGAAACAUCCUCCCGAUCCCCCAGUCAAUGCUGUGGUGCAGAACAAGACUGACUCAUCCAUCACCAUCCAGUGGUCUCCUCCUGACAGCGAUCGCCCUGUGCCUAUCAAGGGUUACAUUGUGGAGAGGAGAAAGGUUGGCACUCAGACAUGGCAGAGGUGCAAUGCUGGAGAAACCAUUAUAACCACAGAGAUCACCAUCUGCAACUUCACUGAAGAGGCCAGCUACCAGUUCCGUAUCUCUGCCAUGAAUGACUUUGGCCAGAGUCCCUACCUGGAGGUGCCUGGAAGCUUCUACCUUGAACCCACUGCAGAAAUCAGGAAAGGCCUGAUGAACAGCACCGCAGUCUCUGGCGAGGAGUUCUCUGUCUCCGUGGAGCUGUCUGCUGUUUGUUCUGGCUUCUGGUCUCUGAAUGGCCGCCUCCUCCGCAGCGGAGCUGACUACCUCAUCACCAGGGCCAAGACCACACACACUCUGCUCAUCCGUGUCGUAACCAUGGAAAUGAAUGGAGCUGAAGUCAAGUUUGUGGGUGGAGGUUCACAAAGCAGUUGCAUCCUGUCUGUGAAGGCCCCUUCUGUUAGGUUCACUAACAAGUCAGAUUUGAUGGAGGUGGUGACCUGCAGUGCCCAAGCCACCGCUCAGCUGACUGCUGAGGUGUCGGAUUACGAUACACAGGUGGUUUGGAUGAAGAAUGGGAAGGAGCUGAAAAUGGGCAAGAAGUAUGAAUACGUCAUCACUGACCGCAAGAGAAUCCUGAUGGUACACAACGUUACAGAGGAAGAUGUGGGCAUCUAUGAGUGUGUUUUAGCUGAUGACAGGAUGUCUGUGCAACUCGCUCUUAAAGAUGAACCUGCCAAGUUUCUGAACAAGGCCAGAGGUCCCAUGGGGCUGUCAUCUUCCCUUAAAGGAGAUCUUGAGCUAAGCUGUGAGGUGUCUCCUGCCAGCGCAGCCGUUGUGUGGAGAAAAGAUCAGGUGGAAAUCACUGAGGACCAAAGAACUACCAUCAUCUCUAAAGGGACUCAAAGGAAACUCAUCAUCAAGAACGCAAAGAAAAGUGACGAAGGACAUUACUCCUGUGAGACGGCAGCGGACAAAGUCACAUUCCAGGUCAAGAUAAAAGAAACUCAAGCCCUCGCUGCCUUCUCCAACAAGGAGUCAGUCCAAAGGGAGGUGAAAGCCACUCUCUCCCAGAAAGCAACUCUUAGUUGCACCGUGUCUGAUGGCAAGACAGAAGUGAAAUGGUAUAAAGAUGGCAAGGUGUUGGUAUCCAGUCGGACCAUAUACUCAGAGGUAAAAGGCAAUACUCGUCAGCUGGUGAUUGAAAAAGUGGAGAGGAGUGAUGCUGGAGAAUAUACCUGUGAAGCUGGAGUGGAUAAGCUGGUCUUCAAGGUAUCUGUGUCAGAGGCCCAGUCAGCUUUCUUCAACAAGGAGUCAGUUCAGAAGGAGGUGAAAGCCACUCUCUCCCAGAAAGCCACUCUGAGCUGUGAGGUAGCUGAUUCCAAGACAGAGGUGAAAUGGUAUAAGGAUGGCAAGAUCCUCGCUUCUAGCAAGGUGAUUCACGCAGAGUCGAAGGGCAAGAGUCGCCAGCUGGUGAUCGACAGCGUGGAGAAGAAGGAUGCUGGAGAGUACAUCUGUGAGGCUGGGACUGACAAGUUGGUCUUCAAACUCCAGGUAGCAGACACACAGGUCCAGUCUGCAUUCUCCAACAAGGAGUCUAUCCAGAGGGAUGUGAAAGCCAUUCUCUCCCAGAAAGCCACUCUGAGCUGUGAGGUAGCUGAUAUGAAGACAGAGGUGAAAUGGUACAAGGAUGGCAAACUGCUCACUUCUAGCAAGACAAUCCACGUAGAGUCGAAGGGCAAGAGUCGCCAGCUGGUGAUCGACAGCGUGGAGAAGAAGGAUGCUGGAGAGUACAUCUGUGAGGCUGGGACUGAGAAGUUGGCCUUUAAAGUACACGUGGACGUCACCUCCACAGAAAUCUCAGCUAAGUCUGCUUUCCUCAACAAAGAAUCUGUCCAGAAAGAAGUGAAAGCCACUCUCUCCCAGAAAGCCACUCUGAGCUGUGAGGUAGCUGAUAACAAGACAGAGGUGAAAUGGUACAAAGAUGGCAAAGUGCUGAGUCCCAGCAGAACAGUUCGCUUGGAAUCAAAGGGCAAGAUUCGUCAGGUGGUGAUGGACAGCGUGGAGAAGAAAGAUGCGGGAGAGUACAUCUGUGAAGUCGGGACAGAAAAAUUGGCAUUUAAAGUACAGAUGACAGAUGUCCAACUCAAGUCAGCCUUCUCCAACAAGGAGUCUGUCCAAAGGGAGGUGAAAGCCAUUCUCUCCCAGAAAGCUACUUUGACCUGUGAGGUAGCUGAUAUGAAGACAGAGGUGAAAUGGUACAAGGAUGGCAAACUGCUCACUUCUAGCAAGACAAUCCAUGUAGAGUCGAAGGGCAAGAGUCGCCAGCUGGUGAUCGACAGCGUGGAGAAGAAGGAUGCUGGAGAGUACAUCUGUGAGGCUGGGACUGACAAGUUGGUCUUUAAGAUACAGGUGGCAGAUGCCCCAGCUGGCUUCUCUAACAAGGAGUCAGUCCAAAAAGAGGUGAGAGCCACUCUCUCCCAGAAAGCCACUCUGAGCUGUGAGGUUUCUGAUUCCAAGACAGAGGUGAAAUGGUACAAGGACGGCAAGCUGCUCACUUCCAGCAAAGCAGUUCACAUGGAGUCAAAGGGCAAGAGUCGUGAGCUGGUGAUCGAAAAAAUGGAGAAAAAAGACGCUGGAGAGUAUACAUGUGAGGCUGGAACAGAGAAGCUUGUAUUCAAGCUGCAGGUGACAGAUGCAGCUGUUAAGUUCCAGAAGAAGCCUGUCAAGGACACAUGUGUAGUUCAAGCAAGUGAAAACAUUGUUCUGACCACUGAGCUGACCACAGAGAGUGGCAGUGUGAAGUGGUUUAGAGAUGGUGUGGAGGUCAAGGAGAGCAGCAAGUAUGAGAUGAAAAAAGAUGGCCGCUCUCGCACUCUGAUCGUAAAAUCCACCGAAGCCAAAGACAGUGGAAUAUACUCCUGUCAAACUGCUGAUGACAAACUGGAGUUCAAAGUUCAGGUUAAAGAUUCAGCUUUGAAGUUUGUUGUCCCCUUGAAAUCUGUUGAUGUGGAGCUGGGGGGCACGUUCAGCCUGAUGUGUGAACUAAAUCAAGCCUCGGGGGAUGUCAUCUGGCACCAUAAUGGUCGUGAGAUAAAACCUGGAGGCAGGUACUGCAUCAGGACAGACGGCGCCAAGCGGGUUCUCACUGUGACCGGCAUGGCUAAGGAAGAUGAGGGAGAAUACAGCUGUGAAUGUCGCAAUGACAAGACCUCUGCUAAAGUCUCCUCCAAAGCGCCCAGACUGGUGAGGUUGACUGCCAAACUGAACAAUGUGGCUGCAAUGGAGGGAAAAGAUGCCAUUUUCAAGUGUGCUGUCACCCCAGCCGACGUCAACGUUAAGUGGUUCCACAACAGUAUUCCCGUCACUGCUGGGCUGAAGUAUAAGAUUGAGCACGGUGGCAACAGUCACUCACUCACCGUCACCUCUGUCACCCAGAAAGAUGCUGGAGAGAUUAGUGUUGAUGCAGAAGGCAAAAGCUGCAAAGCAACCCUGCAAGUGCAACAUGAGCCUGUGACUUUUAAGAAGAAGCUAGAAAACCUGACAGUGGAGGAGCAGAGCGAAGUGAAGCUGGAGGUGGAGCUCAGUAAAGCAUCAAAUGAAGUCAGGUGGAUGAAGAACAGUGUAGUGCUGCAGCCUGCAGGAAACCUGGAGAUUCGGGUAGAUGGAGCCAAGCAGGCUCUGGUCUUCAAGAGCGUGACUCACGCUGACCGUGGCAUCUACUCCUGUGAAACUUUGGAUGAUAAGACGCAGGCCAAACUCAGUGUAGAGAUGAAGAAGAUCCAUGUAAUAAAGGGCCUAGCAGAAACCAAGGCACAUGAGACAGAGACAGUAACACUUGAGGUAGAACUGAGCCAGGCUGAUGUCGAUGGCUCCUGGACCAGGGAUGGGGCCAAGCUGAGGUCGGGGGCAAACUGCCGUAUCACGGCUCUGGGAAAGAAGCACGCCCUUACGUUGUCCAAUCUCAAGAGGGAGGAUGCAGGAACUAUUGCCUUCCAUGCAGAGGGCAUCCAUACUUCUGGGAAACUGAUUAUCACAGAACCUCCAGCAAUGAUCUCCAAGCCCAUGAUGGAUAUCAGUGUUCCUGAGAAGGAGAAAGCUACGUUUGAAUGUGAAGUGUCCAGAACAAAUGCAGAUGUUAAAUGGUUCAAGGAUGAUGCAGAACUGAAACCAGGGAAAAACUUCAGCAUCCAUUCCUCGGGCCGAAAGCGUACUUUGGUCAUCAACAAAUGCACCCCUGAAGAUACAGGCUCUUACAUCUGUCGUACUACUGAUGACAACACCGCUGCCAAGCUCACUGUCCAUGCCAGAGAAAUCAAGAUAAUUAAAAAACUGGAGGAUGUGGAAGUGAUGGAGAAGGAGAGUGCCACUUUCGUCUGUGAAAUCUCACACGAUGAAGUGGACUGUCAGUGGCACAAAGGGAGUGCUAAACUCAAAGCUGGUGACAACAUCAAGAUGAGACAGGAGGGCCGAACCUAUGUGUUGCUGUUUAAGUCAGUUUCCCCAGAAGAUAUGGGUGAGAUUAAAUUUACAGCUGAGAAGGCCUCUUCAACUGCAAAACUUAAAGUGAAAGAGCUGCCUGUCAAGUUUGUGAAGAAACUCAGGGAUAAGAUAGCGAUGUAUAAGCAUCGUGGUCAUCUUGAAUGCCAAGUGUCACGUGCCAGUGCGAAGGUGAAGUGGUACAAGAACAAGCUGGAGAUCAAACCCGGCAAGAAGUACGAAAUCAAAAGUGAGGACGUGUACCGAAAACUCACCAUCAAUGAUGUGGACUCCGGAGACGAAGACACAUACACCUGUGACGCCACUGAUGACAAGACAUCCUGCAAACUGCUUGUAGAAGAGCAGUCCAUCAGCAUUGUGCGAGAGCUUAGUUCAGUAGAAGUGACAGAACCAUUUGCAGCUGUUUUCGAAGUUGAAAUCAGUAUGGAACUGGUGAAACCUCCUAUAUGGACACUGAAUGGAGUCGCUGUGCAGGAGAGCACUGACGUUGAAAUGGAGAAAGAGGGCACUUUGCACCGUCUCACUUUCAAAAAGACCAAAGCAUCGAUGACGGGACCUGUGCAGUUCACAGCUGGGAAGAGCAAAUCUCUUGCUCAACUCACAGUCAAAGAGCGACCACUUGAGAUCGCAGAGCCCAUCAAAGAUGUGAAGGCCAAAGAGAAAAGCUCUGCCAUAUUAACCUGCAAGUUUUCCGCACCGCCCAAAGAGGUUAACUGGUUUAAAGGACAGGUACCUCUGACAGCAUCAGACAAGUAUAACAUGAAGCAAGAUGCUACAAGGGCUCAACUUACCAUUCAGAGGUUAACUGAGGAAGACAGUGGAGAGUACCGCUGUCAGUCUGGACCAGCUGAGACCAAAGGCAAACUUACUGUUGAAGUGCGUGAAAUUAAAAUCACCAAGCACAUGUCGAACACAGAGGUUGAUGAAGACAAUGAUGCAGUGUUCACAUGUGAGAUUAACUAUGCAGAUGAAGAGGCACAGUGGCUUCUGAAUGACAAGGUGCUCUUUACUAACGAAGUUAACACAGUCACUCACGAGGGGAAGGUUCACAAGCUCACACUGAAGAACUUGGCACCCCAGGAUGGGGGCACUAUCACCUUUCAAGUACGCAAGGUGAAAGAGUCUGUUACACUUAAGGUUAAAGAGAAGCGUGCAGUGUUCCUCAAGUCUCUGGACGAUAUCAUCGGAGAGGAGAAAGGCAUGAUAACUCUGGCGUGUGAGGCGUCUAAGCCCAGGGUUUCUCCCAUAUGGAGAAAAGAGGGUAAAGUCUUGAAGGCUGGACCAAAGUAUGAGCUCCUUCACACGGGCAAGUCCUUGGGACUGAUCAUCAAGGAUGUCACCAAAGAUGACGCUGGGGAGUACACUUGCGAUCUCGGAACUGAGGUUUCUAAAGCAAAGGUCACUGUAAGAGAGAUUGGCAUUGGAAUUACCAAAUGGCUGAAGUCAGCUGAGGUGAACGAGGGAGAGACAUGCAACUUUGAGUGCAUUCUGUCUCGUGAGAGCACGGAUGAGUGCUCGUGGACUCUUAAUGGUAAAACCAUUUCAAACGGAGGCCGUUUUAAGGUUAUCAGUAAAGGCCGCAAGUACAUGCUAACCAUUAAGGAUGUCACCCCUGCUGAUGCUGGUGAAGUGGUCUUCAAAAUUAAAGACCUGAGCUCUAAAACAACAUUAACUGUUGAAGGCAGAGCCUCAUCUGUGUCCAGAGGACUACAGAACGUUAGUGCUGUUCAAGGGGAAGAUGCUGUAUUUACCUGUGAGGUGACACAGGCUAGUUCCACAGUAAAGUGGGCCAAGGAAGACAGAGCCAUUAAAAAGAGCCAGAAGUAUGACAUCAGCCAAGAAGAUAAGGUCAUGAAGCUCACAAUCCAUAAUGUCUCUGCUCAAGACUCUGGAGAGUACAGUUGUGAAGUUGUUGGUGGUGCGACCACCAGGGCCCAACUGGAAAUCAAGGAACCAAUCCAUAAAUUCAUCAAACCACUAAAGGACAGCCAAGCAGAUGAGAAGGGCUCUGUGACAUUGCAGUGUGAGACAGCCCAGACCCCAUCCGUGGUGAUAUGGCUUAAAGGUCACACAGAGCUCAAGGCUGGCGGUCGAUAUGAGAUGUCCCAGAAAGAGGGGGUCUUAACUCUCACCAUCAAACGUUUGGAGGAGAAAGACACCGAUAUCUACACUUGUGACGUGGGCACUGCUAAGAGCAUGGCAAAGGUGACAGUCAAAGCCCUGCCCGCCAGUUUUACAGAAAAGCUCAAGAACCAGGAUAAAAAAGAAGGGGAGACUGUGACUCUUCGCUGUGAGUUAUCAAAACCUGCAGCUGAUGUUCAGUGGAAGAAAGGCUCUGAAAUUCUGAAAGCUGGAGAGAAGUAUGAGAUGAAGCAGCAGGACAGCUCUUUGGAACUUCAUAUUAAAGAUUUGAAAGUUGAAGAUAGUGGAGAGUACUCUUGUGUCUGUGGGGAUCAGAAGACAUCUGCAACUGUGAAAGUCAAUGCAUUGCCGCCGACCUUCACACAGAAGCUGAAGAACCAGGAAGUCGAGGAGGGAGUCAGCGUUACUCUGCAUUGUGAGAUCUCUAAACCUGGAGUUCCUGUGGAGUGGAAGAAGGGAGCACAGGUCCUGAAGUCUGGAGAGAAGUACCAGAUGAAGCAGAAGGCCUCUGUGAAUGAACUCCUGAUCAACAAAGUUGUACCAGAAGACAGUGGAGACUACAGCUGUGUGUGUGGAGAUCAGAAGACCACAGCUAGCCUCAAUGUAAAGGCCCAACCAGUGACCUUCAAACAGAAGUUGGAGAGCCAGAAGGCUGAAGAGGGAACCAGCAUUACUCUGCGUUGUGAGAUCUCUAAACCUGGAGUUCCUGUGGAGUGGAAGAAGGGAGCACAGGUCCUGAAGUCUGGAGAGAAGUACCAGAUGAAGCAGAAGGCCUCUGUGAAUGAACUCCUGAUCAACAAAGUGGUACCAGAAGACAGUGGAGACUACAGCUGUGUGUGUGGAGAUCAGAAGACCACAGCUAGCCUCAAUGUAAAGGCCCAACCAGUGACCUUCAAACAGAAGUUGGAGAGCCAGGAGACUGAGGAGGGAGCCAGCAUUACUCUGCAUUGUGAAAUCUCUAAACCUGGAGUUCCUGUGGAGUGGAAGAAGGGAGCACAGGUCCUGAAGUCUGGAGAGAAGUACCAGAUGAAGCAGAAGGCCUCUGUGAAUGAACUCCUGAUCAACAAAGUUGUGCCAGAAGACAGUGGAGACUACAGCUGUGUGUGUGGGGAUCAGAAGACCACAGCUAGCCUCAACGUGAAGGCCCAACCAGUGACCUUCAAACAGAAGUUGGAGAGCCAGAAGGCUGAAGAGGGAACCAGCAUUACUCUGUGUUGUGAGAUCUCUAAACCUGGAGUUCAAGUAGAGUGGAAGAAGGGAGCACAGGUCCUGAAGUCUGGAGAGAAGUAUCAGAUGAAGCAGAAGGCCUCUGUGAAUGAACUCCUGAUCAACAAAGUUGUACCAGAAGACAGUGGAGAGUACAGCUGUGUGUGUGGAGACCAGAAGACCACAGCUAGCCUCAAUGUAAAGGCCCAACCAGUGACCUUCAAACAGAAGUUGGAGAGCCAGGAGACUGAGGAGGGAGCCAGCAUUACUCUGCAUUGUGAGAUCUCUAAACCUGGAGUUCCUGUGGAGUGGAAGAAGGGAGCACAGGUCCUGAAGUCUGGAGAGAAGUAUCAGAUGAAGCAGAAGGCCUCUGUGAAUGAACUCCUGAUCAACAAAGUUGUACCAGAAGACAGUGGAGACUACAGCUGUGUGUGUGGAGAUCAGAAGACCACAGCUAGCCUCAACAUUAAGGCCCAACCAGUGACCUUCAAACAGAAGUUGGAGAGCCAGAAGGCUGAAGAGGGAACCAGCAUUACUCUGCGUUGUGAAAUCUCUAAACCUGGAGUUCCUGUGGAGUGGAAGAAGGGAGCACAGGUCCUGAAGUCUGGAGAGAAGUAUCAGAUGAAGCAGAAGGCCUCUGUGAAUGAACUCCUGAUCAACAAAGUGGUGCCAGAAGACAGUGGAGACUACACUUGUGUGUGUGGAGACCAGAAGACCACAGCCAGCCUCAACGUGAAGGCCCAGCCAGUGAGCUUCAAACAGAAGUUGGAGAGCCAGGAGGCUGAGGAGGGAACCAGCAUUACUCUGCGUUGUGAAAUCUCUAAACCUGGAGUUCCUGUGGAGUGGAAGAAGGGAGCACAGGUCCUGAAGUCUGGAGAGAAGUACCAGAUGAAGCAGAAGGCCUCUGUGAAUGAACUCCUGAUCAACAAACUUGUACCAGAAGACAGUGGAGACUACAGCUGUGUGUGUGGGGAUCAGAAGACCACAGCCAGCCUCAAUGUGAAGGCCCAACCAGUGACCUUCAAACAGAAGUUGGAGAGCCAGGAGACUGAGGAGGGAACCAGCAUUACUCUGCAUUGUGAGAUCUCUAAACCUGGAGUUCCUGUGGAGUGGAAGAAGGGAGCACAGGUCCUGAAGUCUGGAGAGAAGUACCAGAUGAAGCAGAAGGCCUCUGUGAAUGAACUCCUGAUCAACAAAGUUGUACCAGAAGACAGUGGAGACUACAGCUGUGUGUGUGGGGAUCAGAAGACCACAGCUAGCCUCAACGUUAAGGCUGUGAAGCUGUCAGCUCCUCCUUCAGCAGCUAAACUGGAAACUAAAAGGCAGGAGACCAGGGAAACAAUGGAAGCCAAGACACAUGCAGCUCCCUCCAUAGCUGCUAAAGACAAACACAACAGGCAGGAGAUAAAUGGAGCAGUGGAAGCUGUGGUUCUGCCAGCUACUGAACAGGCUCCUAAACAGCAGCUUCUCAAACAGGAGAUUCAGAGAGAUUCACAACAGCUUAAAGUGGGAGGUGAAGCUGAGAAGACAGCUGCUGGACUAUCUGUCAAACAGGAUGCCCAGAAGCAGGGGACCAAAGGAUCAGUAGCAGUUACAGCAGAGAAGUCACCAGCUUCAGCAGUGAUCUCCAAAGUUGAACCUGAGAAGCAGGAAUCCAAAAAGAGAGCUGAAGUUCUUCCAGUCAUAGUCAUUCAAGACCUGGAAAGCCAGGAAGCUGAGGAGGGAGGUAGUGUUACUCUGCACUGUGAGCUUUCUAAACCCGGACUCCCUGUCGAAUGGAAGAAGGGAACUCAAGUUCUGAGUUUGGGAGAAAAGUACCAAAUGAGACAAACAGGAUUCAGUUAUGAGCUACACAUCUUUGAUCUGAAACCUGGAGACACAGGAAACUACUCAUGCUGUUCAGAGGACACAAUAAGCUCAGCCUCUCUUGCAGUAAAUGCUGCCCCAAUCAUAUUUACAAAAGAGCUGGAAAGCCUAACAGCUGACGAGGGCGACAGUGUCACCCUGCACUGUGAGCUCUCUAAACCUGGUGUUCCUUUGGAGUGGAGGAAAGGACAGCUUGGUCUAUGUUCUUGUGCCAAGUAUGAAAUUGGACAGACAGGAAAAGUUGCCACACUAGUAAUCCAUGAUGUAGACCCAGCGGACUCUGGGAGUUACACAUGUGACACUGGUGACCAUCAAAGCACUGCAGAACUAACUGUAAAGGCCCAGCCUGUUCUUUUCAAAACCCAGCUGCAGAACCUCGAAAGAGAGGCAGGAGAAAUAGCCAUUCUUCGCUGUGAGACCACAAAACCAGGAGCCAGUGUGGUCUGGAGGUGCAGCGACAGAGUGCUUGAAUCCAGCAGCAAGUAUCAGUUGAAACAGGAAGGGACUGUAGUCGAGCUUGUUGUCUAUAAACUGCAGGGAGCUGACUCAGGAGAGUACUCCUGUGACACAGGCAGUCAGAGGACUUCAGCUGUCCUCACUGUGCGGGAGGUUGAGGUCAACAUACUGAAAUUCUUGGAGAGCUGCGUUGUAUGUGAGGGUGAAGACGUCCACUUUGAGUGUGUGGUUUCUCAUGAGGAGACACCUCUGGCCCAGUGGAAACUCGAGGACGUCCCACUGCAGAAUAACGAAAUGAACCUGAUCAAGGCUGAGGGCAAAGUACACAGCCUCACACUCAGAGGUGUCACCGCAGCUGACUCAGGAACAGUCACUUUCACAGUGGGAAACCACACUUCCACUGCGUCUCUAACAGUCAGAGCAGCCGCACCCGUGCUGUUCAAGAAGGAGCUGGAAAGUCAAGAGGCCACCGAAGGAGGCAAAGCCACCCUGUCCUGUGAGACGUCCCGCCCUGACUGUAAGGUGACCUGGCGGAAGGGCUCAACUGUGCUCACACAUGGGGAGAAGUACACCAUAGAGCAGAGAGCUACUACUCACACCCUGGUUAUACACAAGCUGAAUGUGGAGGAUAGUGGAGAUUAUACCAGCGACACAGGGGACAGGAAAAGCACUGCUACCCUGACUGUUAAAGAGCGUGUGCGCAUCACCCGAGAACUCUGCGACAUUACCGUAAUCACUGGGCAGGACGCUGUCUUUGAAGUGGAGCUCUCACACUCAGGCGUGGCAAACGGGGAAUGGUGGCUUGGAGACAACCUUCUCCAGAAUAACGACCUGAAUCAAAUGAGCAGCCACGGCAAGGUGCACCGUUUGGUCCUGAAGAUGGUGACCACAGACGAAUCAGGAGAUGUUGCCUUUGUCAUGGGAGAAGAGAAGAGCGUGGCCUGCCUGCUGGUGGAGGAGAAACCCAAAGUGUUAAUAUUAGAGAAACCGCACAACACUGUGGCAGUAGAGGAUGAAACGGUCACUCUGGCCUGCACCAUCUCUGACCCCAAGGCCAAUGUGAUCUGGAUCAGAAACAACAUGGCCAUCCAAGCAGGUCUCAAGUAUGACCUGAGGAAGAAUGGAGCUUUCCAUGAGCUUUGUAUCUACAAUGUGGUGCCUGAGGACUCUGGAACGUACACCUGUGACACCGGAGAUGCACAGUGUGACGUCACCUUGACCGUGGAAGGUGCCCCAGUGUUCUUCCAAAAAGAGCUCACGAGCGAGGACGCCAUUGAGGGUGAUGAUAUCACCCUGCGUUGUGAGGUGUCUAAGCCAGGUGUUCGUGUUGAGUGGAGGAAAGGAGGCAUGGUCCUCCAGCCCGGUAAGAAGUAUCAGAUGAGGCAGAAAGGGUGCGUCCAAGAGCUCUGUAUACAGAACCUGGAGCCUGAAGACAGUGGCUACUACACCUGUGACGCAGGAGACCAGCUCACUACAGCUUCUUUGGCAGUGAAAGUGAAAGAAGUCCUCAUUGUUUCUGGUCUUAAGACCACCGACGUCUUUGUUGGGGAAUGGGCAACCUUCUCCUGCCAGCUGUCUGGUAGGGCGCCUGGCAAGGUGCAGUGGUGGUUGGAUGGCACCUUGCUGGAGAACAGCCCCUUUAGUGAGAUAGGGCUGAGCCAGGGCCACAUCUACACGCUCACCUUAAAGAACCUGGCCACAGAUGACUCUGGCACCGUCAUGUUCAAAGCUGGCAGUUUAACGUCAACAGCCAAGCUCUUAGUCAAAGAUCCCACAGUUGAAGUGGUGAGCGAGAUGGAGGACCUUCGGGUGGUCGAAAACCAACCGGCCCAGUUCAUCUGCCAGUACUCACGGCCGGUCAAGGCUCAGUGGAAGAAAGACGGGCAGCCACUGCUGGCUGAUGGCCGAAGGGUGGUAGUGGAGCAGGACUGGAAUGUGGCUCGCUUGUACAUUAGCUGCGUGUCCGCUGAGGACAGGGGAACAUACUCCUGUGAAGCAGAGGGGACCUGUGUGGUUGCUUCACUUCAUGUGGAAGGCAAACCCAUUACCAUUGUCCAGGGCUUAGAGAAUAUGGAAACCUUUGAUGGAGGCGAAGCACUGUUUGAGUGUGCCCUCUCACGUCCUGAGAGCAAAGAUUUCUGCUGGCUUCUUGAUGGCAAACCAGUGAAAGAAUCUCCUAAUGCUGAGGUAGUGACGUUUGAGAGUGGUCGUCGUCAUCUGCUCCUGCUGAAAGAGUUGCGCGUUAAAGACAGUUGCACAGUGACCUUCAAAGCUGGCACAGCAUCCACAUCUGCCCAGCUCUCUGUCAAGGGAUGGCAGCUGGAUGUUGUGAAGGGUCUGGAGGACAGGGUGGCUGCAGUGGGAGAGAAGGUUGAAUUUUGUGUCGAGCUGACCGAGCCCAUCCCUGCGGCAGAAGUAGCUUGGUAUGCUAAUGGAGUCGAGCUCAAGCCCAGCGAUCUCUGGGCUAUGAGGGCUGACGGCCGCUCGUAUCGCCUUGUCCUUAGACAGGCACCACUUUUGCCCCAGCAGGAAAUAACAUUUGCUGCUAGGGAUGCUCUUUCUUUGGCCAAGCUUACCAUCAUCACUGUACCUGAUCCCCCAGAGGACCCUGAGGUCCUCAGUAAGACCAAACAGUCCGUUACUCUUUCUUGGUUCACUCCACUACACGAUGGGGGGAGUCCCAUCCUGGGCUACAGGGUGGAGAUGCGGCUGGUGGACAGUGCCCUCUGGCUUCCGUGUCAUUCCGAACCUGUGUGUAACACAGAGUUUGUGGUUGAAAAUCUUAUUCCAGGGAGCAGUUAUAGGUUCAGAGUGGCAGGCAUUAACAGAGCUGGGACUGGAGAGCCUGUUGAGCUGCCUCAAACUGUGCAGCUCGAGGCACCUGUGCAGCCACUCAUUUGUCCAGGUGGAGAGGCAAAACAGAUGGAGGCAGAAGUGCUGGGGCAGCCAAGCCUGCCUCCAGAGGCUGCUGAAGAAGGUGAUCUCCAUGAGCUGUGGGAGGCUUCGGCUAAGAAACGGCGCAUGAGUCGAGAGCCCACUUUGGACUCCAUCACUGAACAACCUGAGGAUGGACAGAAGUCGGCAAAGACAGUAGAAAUAAAAUCAGGAGAGAAGGAGCAGGUCAUUGUGUCUAAGAAGCAGACAGAGUCCAACUUAUGCACCAGCUCUGGGGACGAGUCAGGGGGUUCAUCGCUUGUGUCUUACCUCAAGAAGAGCAGCAAAUCUACUGUCACAGCAGCCAAUGAGGCAGAGACACUGUCCACUGAGAGAUUCUUUGCACAUUUCCAGAUGGCAGAGCAGAGAACAGUGCAUCAGACUGAAGUGAAAACAACUGUAGUUGAGCAGAUAGAUAAAAAAGAGGUAUCCACAGAGGAGGCUAGCAUAAUGGAGAUCAGUAAAGAGGACGAGCCUGAGCUCAGAGAGGCUGCCAUUAAGAUUCAAGCAGCCUUCAAGGGCUACAAGGCCCGCAAGGACAUGCGUCCUGUCUUCAAAGACGUCUUCAAAGAUCAGACCAAAGAACCUAAUGGCACCAUACAUCUGGAAUGUGUGGCAGAAGGUAAACCUGAUAAGGUGCGUUGGCUGAAGGAUGGAGAACCAUUGACAGAUGGCAAACACCACCACAUUGAUAUCUACAAUGAUGGUACUUGCUCACUGGUCAUUACUGCCAUCACCACAAAGGAUACUGGGGUUUACACCUGUGAGGUCACCAACAAGUUUGGAGUUACCUCCCACAGUGGUAAAGUGACAGUAGGAACAGUAAGAGAGUCAUCUGGGCGCCGUCCACUAACGGUGGGCUACAGUGCCGACAGUGAGCCCGAGAGCUCCUCAGGUAGUGAAAUGGAUGAGUCACUGAGGCAGGCAAGCAGACGUCUGCGGCGCCUGUUGCGCACACGUCUCCCACCAGAUGUUGAGGAAGAACCGUUUGUCAGUGCAGAUGAAGGAGACCUGCAUCCCCCAGAUCCUCACUCUUAUCGUGAGGAUGACAAUUACAUCUACAUUCGCUUUGAUUCACGGACAGAGGCUGAAGUCGCCUCUAAGAGGUUCCAGGAGAUGUUUACAGUCCAUGGGGUUCCUGUGGAGACCACCAUCCUGGAGGCAGGGCCUCUCAAAGUGGAGCUGCGGAUUAGAAAGAUGGGCUACGUGCAAGAUGGCACACAGACCCCCACACAAGAUAGACAGCCUCCUGCAUUCAUGACUGGAGCCCUGGCUGCCCCAGUCUUCUUGACAGAGCUGCAGAGCCAGGACGUUCCAGAUGGUUAUCCGGUCAGCUUUGAUUGUGUUGUGAUUGGCAAGCCCCCUCCAACUGUCCGCUGGUAUAAGGAUGGUAAAUUGUUGGAGGAGAAUGACCAUUACAUGAUCAAUGAAGACCAGGAGGGCUGCCACCAGCUGAUCAUUACCACUGUGCUUCCCACUGACAUGGGCGUCUAUCGCUGCACAGCUGAAAACAGCAGCGGCAUCGCAGCCACUAAGGCUGAACUCAGAGUUGACAUGUCUUGCAGCUCAGAUUAUGACACUGCUGCUGAUGCCACUGAGACAUCCUCCUAUGUCAGUGCCAAAGGCUACAUGUCCAGGGAAACUGAGACCUUUGAGUCUGUGGCUGAAGAUGAUCAGCUGCCACAAGUGGUGGAGGAGCUUCAUGACGUUCAUGUUAGUCCAGGUUCACCUAUUGCUAAAAUGCAACUCAGAGUAAAAGGCUUCCCCAAACCCAGAGUAUACUGGUUCAAAGAUGGCCACCCUCUUCGGCCCUCAGAAAGGAUUCAGUUGAUGGCAGAGAGAGAUGCUCAUGGUGUGGAGAUUCUAGAGGUGAAGAAAGAAGAUAUGGGGGAGUACUCUGCUUACAUCAGCAAUGCAGCCGGUUCUGCUUACUCCUCUGCCCGACUGAUAGUUCUGAGUCCUGGGGAGAUUAUGCCACAAGAUAAGAAAGACUCCAAGGAACCCCUGGUGCCACCUCGCUUCCUUGAAAGAUUCAGUAACAGGAAGGUGAAACAGGGAGCAAGCAUCACUCUGUCUGUCAAAGUAGAAGGGUCUCCCACUCCUAUGGUCUCCUGGCUAAAGGAGGAAUCACAGGAGGAUGUCCUGUGGAUCAAACCUGAUACUAAGGGAUACAAAAUAGCAAGUUCUGGACGCCAGCACAGCCUCAUCUUGAUGGAUGUGGGCACAGAGUACACUGGCGCCUACACCUGUAUUGCUACAAAUAGAGCAGGACAGUCCAUCUGCACUGCCCACCUUGAGGUGGAUGACACACCCCAAACAAAGAAAGAGACCAAAGCCUCAGAGGUUCUUGGCAUUACAGUCAGUCCACCAGAAGAGGGGGCUAGCACGGCAAAAGAGGGUAAAAUACCCUGCCUAGGUGAAGUAGGUACAGAGGAAUUCCUAAUGAAACUCACCUCCCAGAUCACUGAAAUGGUUUCAGCAAAGAUCAGCCAGGACAGCUUACAGAAUCAUGAAGUGCUCCAGUGGAUGAAAUCUUGGCCCAAAACUACCACUUCAUUACGCGUACCUGGUGUCGACAGUGAUGACGAGACCAAGACUCCUUCUCCAUCACCUCAUCACGGUCGCUCUCGUCCUCCAUCCCUCAUUGCCGACUCCUCAUCAGAGUCUGAUGAGGGGGAUGCCAGGGGAGAGAUGUUUGACAUCUAUGUGGCAACAGCUGACUACAACCCCACCAUGGCAAGCAAAGAAUCUAUCUCUCUGAAAGAGGGACAGUAUGUGGAGGUUUUGGACUCAGCCCAUCCACUCAAAUGGUUAGUCCGGACCAAACCGACCAAAACUACACCAUCCCGUCAAGGCUGGGUCUCACCUGCCUACUUGGACAAGAAACUCAAACUCUCAGCUGAUACAGGUGACCUCCCAGAGACAAGUGCAGAGGAGGUGACUGAGGGUGAAUACAAGAGGAAAUUGUUCCAACUGAUCCAGGACCUGAUAAACAGUGAAUCAGAGUUUGUAAAGGAGAUAGACUUCUUCACCUCCCAUCACCUGAAGCAUGCAGAUGGCCCUGAUGCACCGCCUGAUGUCAGCAGCCAAAAGGAAACCAUAUUCAGGAACGUUGAUGAUAUCAAGUCCUUCCACAGCAAGGCAUUCCUGCCAAAGCUAAAUGACUGCGACACAGAUGAUGAUAUAGCCAUGUGCUUCCUGAAGAACAAGGAGGGCUUUGAGAAGUACCUCCAGUAUCUCGUUGGUCAGGGUCAGGCAGAAUCUGCUGUCAGUGACAAGACGGUCCACCGCUUCUUCAAGGAAUACACUGAGAAAGAACAGGCUAAUGCAGACCCUUCAGGUCCCCCUGUACACAGCAUCAACACCUACCUCCAACAACCACUGGAGAGGAUUCAGAAAUACAAGGCUUUCCUCAAGGAGCUCAUUCGGAACAAGGCAAAAAAUGGUCAGAACUGCUGCCUGCUGGAGGAGGCUUAUGCAAUGGUGUCUGCACUCCCUCAACGCUCAGAGAAUACCCACCACGUCUCCAUGAUCGAGAACUAUCCGGCCACACUGGAAGUACUCGGAGAGCCAAUUAGACAGGGACCCUUCCAAGUGUGGGAGGGAGCGCCUGGAAUUAGGACGUCCUCUAGAGGUCACCACCGCCACGUCUUCCUCUUUAAGAACUACUGUAUAAUCUGCAAACCCAAGAGAGACAGCAACACUGAUACUCAAGCAUAUGUCUUUAAGAACAUGAUGAAGCUGAAUAACAUUGAUGUGAAUGAGACGGUGGAGGGUGAUGACCGUGCCUUUGAAAUCUGGCACGAACGUGAGGACUCUGUGAGGAAAUACACCUUGCAGGCCCGAACUGUUACCAUCAAGAACUCAUGGUUGAGGGACUUCAGAGAACUCCAGCAGCGUUACAGCAUGCCUACAUGGAGUCCCCCUGACUUUGAUGAAAUUCUGGCAAACUGCACAGCAGAGCUGGGACAGACUGUUAAGCUGGCCUGUAAAGUCACUGGAGUGCCCAAGCCUGUGGUCACAUGGUACAAAGAUGGACGUACAGUUGAGGCAGAUCCUCAUCACAUCAUCAUUGAGGACCCUGAUGGUUCCUGCACACUGAUCCUAGACAACAUGACUGCAGAUGAUUCUGGCCAGUACAUGUGCUUUGCCACUAGCUCAGCUGGCAAUGCCAGCACUCUUGGAAAGAUUACAGUUCAGGUACCUCCUCGUUUUGUGAAUAAGAUGAGGAAUGCUGUCUUUGUUGCCGGUGAGGAUGCACAGUUCACCUGUGUCAUACAGAGCGCCCCCAUCCCCAAGAUCAGAUGGUUUAAAGAUGGCAGGCUGCUGACUGACCAGGAAAAGUAUCAGACCUACAGUGAGCUCCGUAGUGGGGUUCUGGUCUUGGUAAUAAAAAACCUGACAGAGAGAGACUUGGGACACUACGAGUGUGAGCUUUCCAACCGUCUGGGCAGUACCAAGUGUGCUGCUGAUUUAGUUCUACCCUCUGCUGUGGCUCGCACUGGUGAACAGGCCAUCACUAUUGAAGUUACUGAGCAGGAGAUGAAAAUACCAAAGAAAACCAUCAUUAUUGAGGAGACUAUAACCACUGUGGUGAAGAACCCACGUAUGAGGAGGCACCGAUCUCCCGGCUUAACUGUUGCUGGAUCCCACCGAUCUGAGACAUCCACCCCAGAGCCCCCUACAGUCAGGACGAGGAGGAUGCCCACUCCGAGAAAGACCACCAUCCCUACCCUCUAUGUUACUGAGCCUGAGGGUGCUGAAGCCAGGUCCAUGGAGAUCAAGCCCAGGUGGGUUGAGGUAGAGGAGGUCAUCGAGUACAAGGUCAAUAAAUCUCCCAGGCUUCCCAGGAGGAGAGGCAUCUCACCUGCAGGGUCUGAUCGUGCAGGCACUCCCUCCAGACCCAAAAGGUCUCCACCAGAAAAUCCAAACGCUAACAAUUCCAACAACAAACUGGUGGAGCAGGCUCAAGCUGAGCUGCCGGGAGACGUCAGCAACCAGACGCUUUCCUGGGUAGAAGAGGAGGGAAAUGCUCCCUCUGGUUCUGCCUCUGGAGAGCCUUAUGAGGUCUCAACUGUCCUCACUGCAGCUGGAGAGGACAGCGACGACCUGGACGAUCAACAAACUGUCAUCUUUGAACCUGACGACGAAGAUAACGAUCAUGAUGUGCACAGAAAGCAGGAACCUAAGAUCCUGAAACAAGGGGAUCGCGUUCUGACCCUCGAGGACUUGGAGGAUUACGUUCCAGAAGAAGGGGAGACCUACCGUUCCUCCAACGUCACAGUUGAAAAGCCGUGUGAGAUCUCUGUGCUGCAGAGGGAGAUUGGCGGGUCCACGGUGGGACAGCCAGUGCUCCUGAACGUGGGGCGACCAGUCGUAGCACCGAGGCAGAGGAGCAGCUUCUUCAGUCGCUUCAAGGAGCAUCUCUCCAGCAGCCUUUUCCCGUCCACCUCCCCCCAAACCAGUGGAGCACGGUCCAGGACGGAGAGGCACGUCCCAAUCCAAGUAAGCCACGCAAAGCUGGAAGUGAAGCCCUCAUACUGCUCAGAGGUGCAGAGAGUUGAGGGCGGGCAGCAGAGCUUUAAAACAAAAGUGUCGACUCAGACCUACGGCUACACAUCAGUGGGUAAGCCAGUCACUCUUCAAAUUAGAGAUAACCUUUAUCAGAACCAGUAGAGGCAAACAUUUUUAAUUUGGUACCAUAAACCCUUUUAGUCUUAAAUGGGGACAUUUCUACUUACAUGAUGAAAAGGAGCAUAUCCUAACCUCAAGUACAUUUACUGCAUUUGACAGACCAUUCCAUGUUGAAGCUUCCCAUCAGAAAAUAGGCUCUCUGAGUCUCUUUUUUUUUGUCAAAUGGCUAGAGUCACCUUGUCUCUCUCGACUGGGCGAGUUGGAAAAUGUAGGCAUGUCACUGUAAGUAGGUUUCAAACUCAUGCUGUUCCUUUACAUCUGCUAUAUGUCAUGAAAAUGUGUUAUACAAUGCGCAUGAGGGACAAAAACCUAGAAACUAAGGUUUGACAUUUCAUUGAUGAAGAGGUUCAUUGUCUGUUGCUGAGCUGUAUUUUGUAAGAAAGAAAAACAUCACAUUUCACUUACACAUAACUUCAUGAAAACCUUGACUAAUAUUAACUGAUCCAGGCAUUAUCUUUAGUAUGAUUCUUGCCAUGUUCAUAUAUAUUUGUUUUGGUUUUACUUUUGUACCUUGCAAGAAAUGUUGCCUUUUGCACUUUUGCAGUGUCUUGAAUUCCUGGAUCAGCAAACAUUAUUAUUGACUUUUAAUGAGGUCAUGACUAUAUGUUUCAAUUUCAGUGUUGCAAUAGUUAAAUAUGCACUGAUUAUGUAACAUUAACAACAGAACUUUAGUGACUGUUGUGGUCCAUAGGCUGUUUAAGUUUAAUCAAAGAUGUACGGUCAAACUAUAGUCAGUUUGGUAAAAUCUCUACUACUUUGGUUGUUUGUGAACGAUUUCUUGAUGAGCAGUUUAUAUGAAUAUGGCAUUUCUACAAGCAUAUCAUGUAGUAGGUGAACUGACAACCUGUUUCACAGAAGAUGUUUAACUGUGUUUGACUGCAUUUGUUUGCAGAUAUGUCUACAGUGAAUUUAGCUUUUUAGACAUUUUUGACAUCUGUUGAUGCAUUGCAAUGACCUGUGAACUCACAGGAUAUCACAGGGAUAUUCAUGUAUGUGAUAGAGUAGAUGAGUGACUGCAUGUACUUGCUUUUCCAAAGCAGAUGUGUUUAUCCAAAGGAACCUGACCUGUCAUAUUUGAUUAUGAGCAAAAGUCUGUGCUGAGUACUUGAGCUCACAGAAUUUACUACCUUUUCAAUGCAAUUUAAAAAGUGACUAGAAUAACUGCCUCCUUAAAGAUGUGUGGUGUUGGUGUUGUAGUCUGCUAUAAGGAUCAUGUUAUGUAAUAAUAUUGAAGGCACUAACAGAUUGUAAUUGCUUCUACUGUACAUGUGUAGUUUUUGGAAAUAUGAGAAACAUUAAAUAAAUGUCCUGCAAAUAA